UACACGUAUAAUUAAGUAGCCAAAUUUGGAACAACAAACACCUGUAUAUUUAGAGGAGACGAGGGAUGGUUUUGUGAAAUUAAUUGGAGCAAGAAAUAUAAGCAAAGCAGCUGAUCUCCAGCUUGCCUCCCACCAAAUGGUGAGUUGAGCUGUGAUAUAUUCAUCUGGAGAUUGAAUUAAGAUCAAUAGGAUGGUCCAUCACUGCUGCAACAAACAGAAAGUCAAGAGAGGGCUGUGGUCUCCCGAGGAAGAUGAGAAGCUAGUCAGAUACAUAACCACCCAUGGCCAUGCUUCUUGGAGUUCUGUUCCAAAACUAGCAGGCUUGCAGAGGUGUGGUAAGAGCUGCAGACUGAGGUGGAUAAACUACUUGAGGCCGGAUCUCAAAAGGGGUUCAUUUACUCCACAAGAAGAGAGGAUUAUCAUUGAUGUUCAUAGAAUACUAGGCAAUAGAUGGGCUCAGAUAGCUAAGCACUUGCCAGGUAGGACAGACAACGAGGUCAAGAACUUCUGGAAUUCAUGCAUCAAGAAGAAGCUUAUCGCACAGGGGUUAGAUCCCAACACUCACAACCUCCUUUCUAAUCCAAUUUAUAACAUUAAUGGGAGUAGUAAUUAUGGCAAAAGUUCAUGCAAGCUCUCCAGCUGUGUCUAUGAUGAACAACCAACCUUCAGGAGUACUGUAAUUUCAGUAGUAGGGAAUGAUGAUUCUUAUCCGGUAGAUAUGAAACCACCUUCCCUGAUCACUAGUCCACCAGCUGCUUCAUCAGUUCCAGUUCCAGUUCCGGCUCCUCCUGACGAUGGUUAUUAUAGCCAGUCUUGUUCAACAUUAUUGCAUGAAGGUAUCUCAACCAUACCAACCGGUGAAUUCCAAGACCAAAAGCGUGACAUAGUUCAGACAAUCCGAGAACAAAAUCCGCAUGCUUCAAAGGAAUCGCCGAGGCGAUCGUCCUGGGAAAGCCUACUCAUCCCAUUCUCCUCUACUCAUCCUUCAUACCAUCAACCUGGGUUGGGGCGCAGUGAUUGCAUGUGGGAAUGGGAUGGUAUUGAACCCACAGAAAAUAAAGCACUAGUAUUGCACAGGAAACAACAAGCAGUAGCCAAUCCACCAGAGCAGAGGGUUUGCGAAGUGGAAAUUGAAAAACGAAAGGACUACUACUUCAGCGGAGCUCAGGAUAAGGAAAUGGAAGCUUCAUUUGAGAGUUAUUGUAACUUUGAGUUUGAUACGUUAGUGUCCUAUGGAAUAUAAUGCCAGUCCCAUGGAAUUAAUUGUUACUAGUACUAAUAUUUUUGUUUCCCUCUAUUAUAAUG